AUGACCAAAUGUCUGCAUCUGGAAGAUGCAAAAUACAAUACAGAAAACAUCUACGUUCCACUCCCUUCUUGCUCCAACAGCAGCAUCUUCCCUGUCUUCCUCUCCCAUCCAUACGUGUUUUUGUUUUUAAAUAAGAAUUCCUCAUUUGGCAGGCGAGCUUUCCCCGCGCAGGAGCCGUCCAAUGGUCGCGUUUCACCAGCCCAGGUGUUGACGGCUUUAAAGUCGUUUAAUAAUGGUUCAUCGGGAGGCCUUGAUGGCUUGAAGCCUCAGCACAUAAAGGAUUUACUUUCCGGUCCGACGCCCACCGAUGAAUUGUUAAAUAACCUCACCCGGUUUGUAAAUUUGUUGUUAUCUGGGGUCUGCCCUCCCGCGGAACCGUCGGGCAUUGCGGCGCACGACGGUAAGCGCCCUGACGGGUGUACCUUGAUUCCUUGGAGAGCCGGCAGGUGCUUGGCUUGGGACGUUACCGUUCCGGGCACCUCUGCUGAGCGUUACGUGCAGCUUACUAGCAAAGAAAGCGGUUUGGCUGCAACCAGGGCAUCUGACGAGAAGAUCAAGAAGUACGACGGAGCUCUCCCCUCGAUGGAGUUUUUACCAAUUUGUAUCGACGUCCUCGGCCUCAUGGACCGUAACACCUCCGGGUUUUUCAAUCGGAUUUGUAAAAAUAUCAGUAUUAGGUCAGGCGAUAGUAGGGAAUAUUUUUUCGCUAUGAAUAAUAUCUCGUGCAUUCUGCAGCGGUUUUUGCGCGUCUGUGUGUUGGAAAAUGUGGAGUUAAAUGCCGACGGGGUUGAGUGA